AUGAAAUCAACAACUGUCUAUUGUGUUUAUCUUGGAGGUAACCUAAUCAAUUGGAGUUCUAAAAAGAAAAAAUCAGUGGCAAGGUCUACAACAGAAGCCGAGUACAGAGCUCUAUCAGAAGUCGGCACUCAAGUAAUUUGGCUAAGGUCGCUUCUUACUGAAGUAGGAUUUCAUAGCAAGGAACCGACUAUUGUUUGGUGCGACAAUUCAGGAGCAAGACAACUUACUGCUAAUAUUGUCUUCCACUCAAAAACUAAGCAUAUCAAAAUUGAUGUUCAUUACAUUCGAGACAAGGUUGCACGCAAAGAAAUUGAAGUUAGAUACAUCCCAUCUUUGCAACAAACUGAAGACAUUCACCAUUUUGAGUGGGCAUGUUAA